AGAGUGAGGCUCUGCUAUUGGUCCUGUGAGUGAUGUGAGCCGUGGGAGAGUCUGGAGCUCAGGCGACGGCCGGGGGAUGGAUGCAUGAAUGGCGAGGGAAAUGCGAAAGAGUGGAAGCUGACGCUCACUUUCUAGACGUUAUCCUCACCAAUAUCACAGCCCUGGAAGCUCGCGAGUGUCGAGUCGUGAUUGCUGGUGUCGAAUACUGCGAUCACACUAAGAUGAAAACAGACAAAGAUCCACUGAGGGCUAGAAAAAAGAAAGUCUCGUCAUGAACGAGCAUGUCCGAAGGAAAGCGCCGCGUCCCCACGCUUGAGAGAGAGCAGGACGGGGCACUGAAAGUCGCCCAGAACGAAAGUUACGAGCGGACAGGGCUUGCGCCGGGGUGCAUUGUCGGAUAUGGCCUGUCGGACUUCGAAAUUGGUUUCUUCUGUUUGCCCUCACAUCCACUCCAGAAUGAAUUGCAUGCCGUCUCGUUGCUGUUGGGCGCCCUCUUACAAUCUAUCCAAGCAAGCAGCUGACGAUGCUUGCUUGCCCCACGUUCAACAAGAGGGCGGAUCCGGGUGCGGAAUAGGCGUCCAUCAACUUAAAAAUCGACUGUAGGCCGCCCUGCUGCUCUGAGAUCUUACUCCUCCCAGAACUCGCUCCAAGCAGUUGAUGAAUCUGGCCUGCAAGAGCGACAUGGAUCUUGUUGGGAUCGGAAGAGACGCCCGGCCCGUUGCUCAUUGUUGCAGGCCAAUCCGCACUUGACAGAGAUCAGCCUGACCGCGCGAUGAUGCCGACAACUGAGCACAUCGAUGGGCCUGAUCUAUCGUCCUAAAGGUUUCUUCGCCGGGGGAUUGCUCACGCUGGGGCCGGCUACGCAGGAGUCGCUCGGGUGGUGAUCCUGGUCUCACCGCCACAAACUUCCCCGCACCCCACACUCGCACCAGCCCCGGAUCGAUCACGAUGCUUCCCCCUGUUGGCGAGCGGGAAAGAAAAUGCUCAGGCUCGUCCAUACAGGGAAUCAUGGGCGCACGGAACGCACCUCUCGUCGCCGACGGCUCGAAAGUGACUGCCACCACCAGUCGCCUAGUCGUAUGCUGCCAUAUCGAAGUAAUUGUUCCUUGCUUCGCGAAUCAACACGACUUCAGAAUCGGCACUCUGCGCAACCGUUUGCCGUGCGACGUCCAUGUCAUGUACGAUCUUUGCCCGUGGCGGUGCGGCAGCUUGAGGGAAUGACGCAUAUGACGGAAUGGAGAAUUUGCGUAGCCUCAAUCGACUGGAAAUUCUGCGUUGCGCCCAUACGCCGACCUGAUCCGGCAAUCGACGUGCUCCAGUUUCAGGCCGCAAGAAUGACGACGAAAGUUGCACCAGCGCCAAGAUCCUCGAUGCAGCAUGCGCCAUCACGAGCGAGGAGAGCAUCCGCCUUGGUCAUCUUCAUGUUUACUGAGCGGAUGAUUGCUCAGAGCAGUGUCUCCGCGACGCUUGUCGAGGAAACCAAGAAGACCCGACGGAGAAGUCAUUUGCGGCUGGCUACGCGUGCACCGCGGAACUCGUCCUGCCGUGCCAAUCGUCCGGUCGAGUGCACAGAAAAUGAUUCCGGAGCGCGGAUGCACCUGUGUAUCAGAGGAACAGGUUCUGCGUUCCUACCACUUCUCGCGGCUGGGGCAAAGUUCAUGAGCAAAGCAUUCCGAAGACUAUCCGGCCUGUCUGCCAAGGAUCACUGGGACAAUUCAGCUCUCUGCGACUAUUGUGCUAGGCCCAUACACGUACCCUGCUCGCCUCCCUUUCCCGUGGAAGUAUCUCCUCUUCCGAAUUACUAUGCAUGGCUCGUUACUGGACUUGCAUUACCAGCAAAUUGCCUUGGCCGUCUUCGACGAUUGUGAAAAGCCCGAGCUUCGUCAUGGGGUGGGUGGCCCGACUCAAGAGAUAGUGUAUCUCAAUUUUGUGGAUGCAUGAACAGGCGGAGACAUUUCAAAGAGUAUGGUGAAGACGGUUGCUGGUCGAUCAAGCUAGUGCAGACGGAAUCUAAUAUUCCUACGGCCCCUCGCCGGCAUCCCUGUCCAUACUCGAGUCAAGCUAGCCGUCUAAUCAGUACAGGAGCUAAGCAGGACUCUUGUGGGUACUCUCUUGCGAUGACUCAGUAAUCUGAUCGGCUUCUCGUCGCGCGGAGAACCUCUCUGCAGCCAUCAACUAGGACCACUGGCACUCUGCCGUCGAAAUAUUCAUGUGCGCUCUUAUCUGGACCAUCGUGGCCUCGUUUCUCGCCUUCUGCUCUGUCCAACCUCAAUUGAGGGCUUCUGAAAUGAUGAACCGAGGCCUUGUCGUAUGGCGUUGCUCAGAUGACCCAUCUUGGACCCGGAGGCUUUCGGCCAGUCUCAGCGAGAAUGAGCGGCCCAGAUUGCACUUUCCCACCGGCUUAAUGGUCGCUCCUCCUCUCGCGCGGACUGUAGUCACUCGAGGCGAAAUUGGGAAGAAAAAUAUACUGCAGCCCAUGUGUCAUGUUCGGGAUGAUGGAGUUCUGGGUGGAUUUCGAACGCCUCGAAAGCCACGCCUGCAGGAAAUCAGCGCUGGGGACAUGUGUAGCCCUCAUCGAGUCUGCGGCGGAUGAUGCAGGGCGCGUUAUCGUCAAAAGAAGAGAGUUAUCUCCUCGCUGAAUAAAGAAGGAAAGAAGGUCGGAUCAUCGCGACGGGUGUCUUUGUCUCCCAGUACCGCGGCCAGGCAGAACCUGCUCGGGACAGUGACCCAUAUUCCCCGGCAACAGAAGCAGCUGCAACACGAUCUUUGAGAGACGAGUUGGCAGCCCGUUUCGUGGUCGCGUCGCGCACGCGCACAAGAGGCUGUCCAUCUUGCCGCCGUUUUCGAAACUACACUGGGCGGGCCAUGUGAUCCAGCGAGACGUGUUUGAUUCGAGCCCAGGGACGUGGAGCACUCUACUCGCCCAUAGCGCGCGUAUCGACACACGGAAAUGUAUACUUGGCCUCUUCUAUGGAUUGGCCGGAUAUUCCGAAGUGGCAAUCGUCUUGCAGUGCAUACAAAGGAAUCUCUGUGCACAGGGGAAAGAGGUCAAGUCCUCGUCCAGUCUCAAGUGGCCGUAGACUGGAGAGCGGAGUUCGGGGUGAGACUCUCGAGAGUCUGGCCCUUGUGAAACUGCGACGCGAUCACGUGGCGAGCAAAUACUAUACACGAGGUCCUGAAUUCUUCAUUAAGACAUGGAUCCUGUCAACCUUUCCGUCUAACACAUCAACCUCGCUGGAGGUACUGAGGGGAUUCCAGAUCCUGACACAUUCUUCCAACCAAUCUGCGCCGACCAUACCCCAGGCCUUUCGAGCGUAUCUUGCCUGGGAGACACGCAAGGGAAGAAUCACUUUUACCAUCGUUCGCUCGAACCACAAAGUCAACAUCUUGUUGUUCAGUGGCGAUUUCUACGGGGUCUUCGAGGACCCAGUGGCAACUCUCGUGGCGAGAGAGCGCCGGAAGUUGAUUUUUGUGAUUAAGGAGUAGUAGAACCAAGUCGAUGAUACGGAUUUGAGGGCAGCUGUAGCCGCAGAAGACGAUGCUUCUCAGACGAGCAAACGAGGGCAACACUUUCGACAUGGUUCCCAGACAACCGUUUAUCGUUCCGGAGCAAUCCAAAUUCAAACACAGACGCGCCUGACCUGGGAAGCAUACCCAGCGUCUUCAGACUUGUCAAAUUGAGUCAAGGAAGGAAACUGAUGCUCGCCAGCGAUUCGGCCAACAUACAUGGGAUCCGAGUAUUCCAGCCGAACAUGGUGUCCGCACUGAAAUGAAUUCUCGAAUCGGACAUGCCAGGGAUGGCAAAGAGAAGCUGAAUCAGGGUGAAGAAACUAUGUCUCACAAACGUCAUGGGGAUGCAAGAGUAUUUUUUGGG